AUACGGCAUACAGCUACUUCAUUGCUAAGUCUAGAUGGUCGGUGAAAGCUGCUGGCUGCUUGCUGCUUCGGUCGGGCAAGCUGAAUUUGUGCCCUCUGUGCGCGCUACUUUUGCAUCUGUGCGGUCUUCGGGAUGCCUUUUACCGAUGGAUAUCAAUUUCCAAGUGACAGCGAGUUAAAUGUUGAAGAAGUCAACAUCUCGACGCCCGCACUCCGUGCGGGAGCGUAUUAUUUUGGGAAGGUCUGCGAGGAACCGAGCAAGGAGUUUAUGCUUUGCCGGAGUGAGGAGAGGGACCCACGCAAGUGUCUCGCCGAGGGCAGGGAGGUGACCAAGUGCGCCUUGGACUUCUUCCGCAAGGCCAAGAAGGCCUGCCGAAAGCAGUUUGACGAGUACGCCACCUGCCUGGAGUGGAGCAGCUCCGAAAUGGAUUACUACCACUGCCGGAAAACCCAGGCAGCGUUGGAUUCCUGCAUGCUCGACAAACUGGGCAUUGAACGGCCUCACCUUGGGUAUUUUGCGAUGCCUCGCGUUCACCACACGGAGCGGCCAAGACCGGAAAAGGGCUACCGCGACGACUACCCGGCGACGCCGAAAGUGGAAGACGACUUUCCCAGGAGGCCUGCGAGGUUCGGGACGCGUUCCUUGGCACCAUAGUCUUCGGAAGUACGUCGUGGCGCACCUGCAAUAGAUUUUCAGCGGUAUCACCUGCAGAUAGUUGUAGGAGGUGUGGAUAUAAAGUUUCUUUAAGA